AUGGUGCGCGGGUCGCCUAUCCUCCCAUCCUCGGUGGGCGGAUCCUGUGAUGAGUAUCAUGGGGCUUUUCCAUCAUCACUAUACGGCCCGCCAAAGGAGCUGCCCGGCGGAGAUUCCAUCAAGGCGCAGCAUGACGGGGAUGGGAAUAACUUCGCUCCGUCCCAUGAUGUUGCCAGUCACCUGGAUAGAAUUAUCCAAAAAGCCAUUCGCAGUACUCGUUCUGAACGGCAAUCAGCCCUGGGUAUAUGCAAAUACAUCCGGCAAAAUGUCAAGCCCGAACUGGCUGGAAAUGAGCCCAAUUAUUACUCGGAGAAAACAAUCGUCAGCCACUUGAUCUCGAGCUCUGUCUUUGAGAUUGUGUAUGAUUAUGACCGCAAUGACAAAAUCAGAAGAGCCAGCAGCCCCAAAUGGAAGAUCAGAUCUGGUCUAGAAGGCAGAACAGCCACUCCGAGCUCAGCCGUCCAAGAACUGCCCGCUUAUCAACUGCCCGCUUACCCGGGAUGGGAGUCUUUGGACUAUUCCAGGAAGCGCAUUUCCAUAAAGGAGCUUCCGGAGUCCUAUUCUAUAUAUGAGAAGGAGUCACUGGGACAUGGAAGCCCCGUCGUCUUCUCGGUGCCCCCACAGUCCAAAGGGGGCACUGAGCUCCCCACCACCGAUAGCAAUGAUCCGCCAAAGGAGCGUGUCGUUACGAUUUCAGACACCAAAAGCAAUCUCGAAGUCCACGCGUCCGAUCGGAGCCCUGAAAGAGAAUUCCUUCCUCCACGAGCAUCGCCUGUCUGUUCUCCAUCCCAUUCACCUCAACUUGAAUCCAAUCAAACACUCCAGUGUAGCGCUGUACCUCGGAUCGGUUCUAAUGAGCCUGGGCUUCCGUCUCGCUCGAACAGGCCUUCCUUGUCCAUUGAUACUUCACUGAAGUCACAAUUUUGUGACUUCUCUGGUCAAGUGUCUAUCGAUGGUCUCUCGCAGGCAUCAACAACCGUCCCUGAGACUGACGAGGAAACAUUGGGGGAACAGCGGGAUCUGAAAGACCUGGGGCCUCUUUCAGGCGAUAGCCCUGGAAAAUAUUCCAAGAAUGAGAGCCCCGAUCGCUUCACUCCAUCCUCAUAUGAGGCUGCAGGAGCUUCUCCUAAUACUGGUCCAGCUGCGACUGGGGGAGGCGCAUCCUUUAACGGCUUCAGUCUCGGUCUCCCGUCUCGCACUGGGAAUGGGAAUGGCCCAGAGGAUCGGGGAACCGGGGAAAACCGCCCGGGGGGUCAUGGAGAUGGCAACCGGGAUCCUGGAAAUGGCGGUCCACUCGGCCGUCGUAGAAGAAGCCAGAGAACUCGUCAACUUCAGUGUCCAUUCAGGUACCCUCCACAAACACACAAUAGGCACCCAGACGAGAAUCCGCCUUGUAAACCCGCUGUUUACCCGUGGUUCGCGUAUCUCUUGCGCCACAUCGAACGUGCCCAUGGUCUGUAUUUGUGUAUUAAUUGCUUCAUGGCAUUUACCGCCGCAGAUCUUUGUAAAAGCCAUAAAACUCAGUGCCCCGUCAGGCACAUGGACAGCUCAGAAAAAUGCACCCGCAUUUACGCAGCAAUCUACCCAAAUGCACCUUACCCCUCGGACAGUCGUUCAUACGCUGCUCUAUCCUCACGAUCGGUAGCCCAUUCGCCUCAUGAUCAACUUGCUUUGGGUUCUAAUACCGCAUUCAGUCCUACAAUGACUAGCCAACCCAGCCUUGAAGAUAGGGUCGCUCGCCUUGAAAUGCGCCUGGCUAUUUGGGAAAGCCACUACCCAACAGCCAAUCUUCCUUUCGAUGAAGAUAUCCGAACUGCCAACUUCUCAAUGAGUCAACCCGUCAAUCCCUCGCCAGAGGAACCGCCCGAGCCCAAUAUGCAGGAGCUGGAAGAUUCCAUGCUCGACAGAGACAUGGACUUCGACUUGUCCAAUAUGGAGAACCACGAGAAUCCUUUAUACAUGGCUGCCGUCAUGGAAGGGCCUCGACCAGUCUCCGACAACCUGGCGAUGAACGUGGACCCGAAUCAUAUUCCCAGUAAUAAAGUCGGCGAACAAGAACAAGGGCAUGCUGGCGAAGACCAUUUCUGGCAGAUGUAUGGCCAACAGUGGGGAUGA